CUCUACAUAUAUAGCAAAUCGAUACUAACACUCUUUAUUUAUACGUACGACACUAUAUAUGUGUAUUGUGUGCCCACACAUAAAUAUAUAUGUCCCAUUCUCCACAUCCUUCUAACAUGAGUCAACAACACCAUUCCUCUCCCCCUAUUUCCCCUAAACCCAUCCCCCCUCCUCCGCCACCACCACCACCACCACCACCGCCUCCGCCGCCACGGAGUACUAAAACCGUUCACACACCAAAGGAUCAAUCGCAAUCGCAAUCGCAAUCGCAAUCGCAAUCUCAGCAUUUACAGCCCUCAAUCGGAAGCGAAUCGCUACCGUCUCCGAAAAAAGUCAAGACCGCGGCCGCGAAGCCGGGCGGAGGGAAGCACCCGACGUACCGGGGCAUCCGGAGCCGGAGCGGGAAAUGGGUGUCCGAGAUACGCGAGCCGAAGAAAACGACUCGCGUGUGGCUCGGCACCUACCCGACCCCGGAGAUGGCGGCGGCCGCAUACGACGCAGCCGCCCUGGCUCUUAAAGGUGCCGGCGCGGCUGUUAACUUCCCCGAUCGGGUUAGGGAGUAUCCGGUCCCGGACUCGCCCGCGCCGUCGGAUAUCAGGAGGGCGGCUGCGGCAGCCGCCCUCCUGAUGAAGCCGGUUGAGCAGCGGCGGGCUGAUGGUGAUGAUCAGGAUCAGGAUCAGCCCGCCGCUGCUGGGGAUGCAGAAGCGGCGGCGGAGGAGGAGCAUGAGUUUAUUGAUGAGGAGGCGCUGUUUCAUAUGCCGAAUCUGCUGGUGGAUAUGGCGGAGGGAAUGCUAGUUAGCCCGCCGAGAAUGGCGUCGCCGCCGUCGGAUGAUUCGCCGGAGAAUUCUGAUGUGGAGAGUUUGUGGAGCUAUUGAUUUGUUCAAGGGAAAAACACUGGACACGUAAGAUUGUUGUACUACUAUCAUUUAUUGCACAAGAUUAUAUAUAUAAUACAAAGACACAUUAAUUUGUGUUCAAGUAGGAAAAUUGGUUAAUUUCUUGUUAUUCCUAUUCCUUUCAAGCUUGUUAAAUUUCGGUUUGAAGAUUUGCAAUCGAUUAAUUAGAUUCAAAUCUAAUACAAUCGAUAUUUAGAAUAGUUGUAUUUGUGUUAUAUAUCAUUGUGUGUGAAAUGAAUUAGUCCGAAUUAAUAUUAA